GUAUUUGGGCAUCGGUGCCACCAUUGGACCGUUGAUUGGCUCCAAGCUGGGCACCCGCCAAUCCUUUGCAGCCUCCACCCUGAUGUUUGCAGUAACUUCGGUCUAUGUCCGGCUGAAGCUUCCGGAAACCUUGUCCUUGGCAAAUCGGAAAUAUUUCAAGUUUGAACAUAUCAAUCCGGUGAGUUUUCUGAAGCUCUUCCAGAACAAGACCCUGGGUUGGCUUGCGACAGCGACUGCCCUGCAAUCCUUUGGGGACACAGUGAAUCUUCUCGACCUGAACAACAUCUUCUUGAUCAAAGUUCUUCACUAUGGGCCUCAAGAGUUAGGUCAUUUUGCAACAGCUUCUGGACUUAGCGCAGUGGCUGGAGGGAGGGUCACAUUGCAUUUGCUGAAAAAACUCCAGAAGCUGAAUGUGUCAGCGCUCAAGGUGUCUACAUUCUUCGCAAAUUCUAUGUGGACGGCUGGUAUGGUGAGCAUGGGGUUGGCCCGAAGGACAUCGCACCUCUCCUUCGCCAUGUUUCUCUGGACCUUCGGGCAACUCCGGAGCAACUCUUUGACAACGUAUUUGCAGACCUACGGCGCUGCGGAAGGUCUAGGCCGUGCGGAGAUUGUUGUGGCCACAGCCAACCUUUUGGCCUACGUUAAGGUUUUGGCUCCGCUGCUUUAUAGCAACCUCUUCAGCUGGGCCAUAUCCUCCAACAAUCGUCCUUCGGGUUUGCCUUACUUCGUCAUUGCCGCGAUGACUUUGUUGGCCCAGGGCUCCUUCGUCUUGGCGGCGCCCUAGGCGGUUCCCGGCAGCUCAUCUCCAAAGAGGGAGAGCAGCGGUGACCAGGACGGCCCAUGAAUCCACUGGAGAUCAGAUCUAC